AUGAUUGUCAUCUGUACAGAGUUCCAGUAUGGUCCUUCGCAUUCAGUCUCUGUGGUGGGUAAAGCCAGGUUUGAUAGCUGCGACGGAAGCGGAGCCACGCAGAGCUUUUCCGAUGGAGACACUAUGUUCGAUCUUACAACAGUUGGAACAAUACAUUUCCUUUGCCCUACUCCUGGUCAUUGCCUCAGUGGCAUGAAAAUCGCCGUUUCCGUCCUCGCCGCAGCUCCAACUCCGAGCACUCCUUCUCCACCGUCUUCCCCAAGAUCGCCACCGCCUUCUCCACCGUCUUCCCCCAAAUCGCCACCAUCUCCACCGUCUUCCAUUCCUUCUCCAAGUAAACCACCGACUCCAUAUGCUUCUCCGCCGACGGAGUCAGAUUCUCCAUUGACGCCUCCACCACCACCAAACGCGGCGUUUAAGGGAGUCAUGAGCUAUGGAGUGAUCGGAGUCACGAUGAUCUUUGUCUUUGGAAGCAUUUCCUCACCAACACGGUAUCAUUAUCAUCAUAUGUCAUGUGAGACAAUUCUUGUAAUUCAGCCGGAGCUGAAUUAA